CCGUGGACCCGUAGGAAGCCUCCGAGCCCAACGGUUUACCUAUCGAUGGCGAAGAAGUCGUUGGAGCCUCGAGCCUUCUCUCCCGCCUCGCACCCAAAAGCCUCCGCGCCCGCCUCUCCUCUCUCUGCUCUCCGAUUCCGAACCCUCCUCUUUUCCUAGUGCUUCCCUCAAAUCACCAAAUCCCCUCGCUGUCCUCCGCCGAUCGCCGCCGGUAGCUCCCGUCCCCGAUCCGAUGGGCGCGGGGAUCGAUCCGGCCUGGGCAAGGCUCGAUUCCUCAUCUUCCUUGUGUUUACCUCGCCGUGCACGAGAAUUCGCGUGGCCGCGAGGCUGGACAAGGAAACCAGAGAGAAAUUCUACGGAGACCUCGCCAUGAGGGCGUCGCACAACAGCACGGGGACGGGGAGCUUCGCCGAUACUUUCGAUCGCACGCUCGAUAAGGAGUUCUCGGACACUGAUGAUGCGUCCGAAGGUGGAAGCAAUCCAUAACCUCUUUGCAGUGCUAUUCCUUGCAAUCAUUGGCAUGCUUAUACAUGUGCACUUUCUUUGGAACCAUGCUGCUAUACUGCUCGCAUCUGUCAUUCUGGUUGUGAUAGUUAAAACAGUUCUGGUAGCCAUGGUGAUCAAGGCCUUUGGAUACAUCACCAGAACAUCAUUUCUUGUGGCUGUGUCAUUAGCUCAAAUUGGAGAAUUUGCUUUUGUUCUCUUGAGCUGUGCCUCAAAUCUGCAUCUCAUUGAGGUAACCACUUCUCUCAUGUUCAAAUUAAUACCUGCUGUGAUGCACCUUGGCAUUCUCAUGCACUGGUUUCCUGCAGAAAGCAACAUUAGAAUGAGGAUAAAGCUACGAUGCUUGAAGCUUACAACGGAGCACUCUAUUAUCAGUUCCUUAUAUCUCAUUCAAUUGGAGCCUUUAUUGUCCAAUUAUCCAGUCUACAUUCCAAUACCAGAAAUUUUAACCAUAUACAAGGAAAUUCUUUCAUCGAUGGGUAAAGAAGAUUCGGCUGCCUGAUCAAUCUAAGGAUGGGAAUCUGUAAACUAGAAGUAGCUGCCACAUAUUUGAAUUGGAAAUAUGCCGAAUGGAUUCAUAAUGGCAAAUGAUAAUUUGUCAUUUUAUUUGAAUUGGUAGAUGAGGGAUUAAAAGGGUUUGUCAUAGUCCAUUGAGAAGGAUAUGGUGUAUCAAACUAUCAAACUCCUAGUACGAUAUUAUGAAGGCAUGGGAUCAACGAGUGAUGAUCCAUACAUGAGUCAUGUCGGAGUUGUAGCAGUGGAGGCUCUUUUUUAUGGAUCUUUUUUAUUGUAAUGUUGGAGGACAUUUAUACCUGUUAACAUGAUAAAUCUCACUUUCAUUCAUU